AACAGAACAAGGAAAGAAAGGCUCGAAAAUAAGAAGACGACGAAGACGAACAAAGAGAAACAACGAAAUUGAAAGGGAAAACAAGGAAAGAGCGAAGCUGCACACAGCAAAAAACCCUCAAUUCCCUCUAUCUCGUUCCUAGAUCGAUUUCCAAUCGGAAAUUUUGGAAGCGGAGAUUCGGUUUUGGAGUUGCUCAAAUCUGAACAAGUCUCUGGUUGUUUGAUUCGAUUACAUCUCAAGAUUCUAUUUUUGUUGGAUUGAAGGAAGGGGUUUAUGCUUGAAGAUGGGAUUUGUAUAACUAGUUCGACCUAGCAGAGUUAUGCUAAGGUACACACGUCGAUUCAUUUCCCCUUUUCAAAUUAAGCUAUUUUAAUGGGGGAGAUGUUCAAGUAAAAGUCUCAAUAGAGAACGAAAAUCUUCCACUAGAUCUCUCUCAGUCUCUCUCUUCUAUUUUCGGGCAACGAAACUUUCCCCAAAGAAGUUAUGAAAAUUGAAAAUUCAUUGAAUCGUUUCAAAAGUUGCUGAAUGGUGAAGAAAAUAGUUGUGUGUGAGAGAGAGGGAGAGGGAGAAAUGGAGGAAGUAGGUCCUCAAGUCGCUGGUCCGAUUUUAAUUCACCAUUCCAUAGGGAGAAAACGCGAUCUUUAUCAGCAGCCGCACUGGCUGGUGCCAUCUCAGCCGAGGAAUGACUGGAAUCCCAAGAUGUGGGAAUGGGACAGUCAACGAUUUGAAGCUAAACCAGUGGACGGAAACGGCACACAGUUUGACGUCAAUGCGAUGAGGAACUGUAACAUUAACAACGGCGGUUUGAGCUACGAGGGAGAAGAGAGAGGCCUUGAUUUGAAUCUGAGCACUGGUUUUAACGCCGUGGAAGACACCCCGGUUGUCACCAGACCAAACAAGAAAGUUAGGUCGGGAUCUCCGGGAAGUGGCGGCGGAAACUACCCCAAGUGUCAGGUAGAUAAUUGUAAGGAAGAUCUAUCACUUGCUAAGGAUUAUCACAGAAGGCAUAAAGUGUGCGAGCUUCAUAGCAAAGCUACCAAAGCUCUUGUUGGGAAACAGAUGCAGAGGUUUUGCCAACAGUGUAGCAGGUUUCAUCUUCUUUCUGAGUUUGAUGAGGGAAAGAGAAGUUGUAGGCGUAGAUUGGCUGGCCAUAACAGACGGAGGAGGAAGACUCAGCCCGAGGAAAUUAAUUCUCGAGUUGUAGCUCCGGGGAAUUGUGAUAAUACUUCUAGUAACGCUAAUUUGGAUAUUAUGGCUCUCUUAACAGCUUUAGCUUGUGCACAAGGUAGGAAUGAUGCCAAACCUAAUGGGUCUCCAGCUGUGCCUCAAAGAGAGCAACUUCUUCAGAUACUUAACAAGAUCAAUGCGUUACCUUUGCCUAUGGAUCUUGUCUCAAAGUUGAACAAAAUCGGAAUUCUAGCCAGGAAAAAUCUGGAUCAACCUUCAGGGAUGAACCCACAAAAGGAUAUGAAUGGAGCUUCUUCUCCAUCUACCAUGGACUUACUUGCUGUUCUCUCCACAACAUUAGGUUCAUCUGCGCCCGAGGCCAUAGCUUUGUUGUCUCAAGGAGAGUUUGGCACCAAAGAAAGCGAGGAUAAGACUAAGUUAACUUCUUGUGACCAUGCCACUACAACCAAUUUAGAAAUGAGAGCCUUGGAGUUUCCUUCUUUUGGGGGAGGGGAGAGAAGCAGUAGCAGUAACCCGUCUCCGUCUCAGGAUUCUGAUUCACACGCUCAGGACACUAGAUCUAGCCUGUCUCUACAACUAUUCACCUCGUCACCAGAAGAUGAGAGUCAACCAACGGUUGCAUCUUCAAGAAAGUAUUAUUCUUCUGCGAGCAGUAACCCUGUUGAGGAUAGGUCGCCAUCAUCAUCUCCGGUCAUGCAGGAGUUGUUCCCGUUGCAGACAUCUCCUGAAACCAUGAGGUCUAACAAUAGCAAAAACUCUAGUCCCAGUCCCAGGACUAGCUGUUUGCCCUUAGAGCUCUUUGGUGCAUCAGACAGAGGAGCUGUUACAAAUCCUAAUUUCAACCAUUCCAGGCAUCAAUCUGAGUAUGCUUCGUCUGGUUCGGAUUAUUCUCCUCCCAGCUUAAACUCUGAUGCUCAGGACCGCACCGGAAAGAUACUUUUCAAACUAUUUGGAAAAGAUCCUAGUCAACUCCCUGGGACAUUGCGAACCGAGAUUUAUAGCUGGCUUUCUAACCUUCCAUCAGGAAUGGAAAGUUAUAUCAGGCCUGGCUGUGUUAUUCUAUCUGUCUAUGUGGCAAUGUCAGCUUCUGCUUGGGAACAACUAGAGGAAAACUUGCCGCAGCGGGUAAGUUCUUUGGUUCAAGAUUCAGAAUUUUGGAGCAACACAAGAUUUUUGGUCAAUACAGGCAGACAGCUCGCGUCAUACAAACAUGGUAAAAUUCGUCUGAGCAAAUCUUGGAGAACUUUGAGUUCACCAGAGCUGAUCACGGUGUCGCCUUUGGCUGUUGUAGCCGGUGAAGAAACAACAUUGUUAGUAAGGGGUAGAAGCUUGACUAACACCGGAAUCAGUUUUCGUUGUGCGCAUAUGGGUAACUAUGCGUCAAUGGAGGUAGCUGGAACAAAACAUAGGAGUGCCAAAUUUGAUGAGUUAUACGUAAAUAGUUUCAAAGUCCAGAGUGGAAUCCCUGACUCUCUAGGACGCUGUUUCGUUGAGGUGGAGAAUGGAUUCAGAAGCGACAGUUUCCCUUUGAUUAUUGCCAAUGCCACUAUUUGCAAAGAGUUAAAUCGCCUCGAAGACGAGUUUCAUCCAAAAGACGCGACAGAGGAACAAACACACAACUCAGAUCGUCCAAGAUCAAGAGAAGAAGUUCUUUGCUUCUUGAACGAGCUUGGUUGGCUAUUUCAGAGGAAAUGGACAUCUGACACUCAUGGAGAAUCCGACUUUUCCCUCCCACGCUUCAAAUUUUUGCUUGUAUGCUCAGUUGAAAGAGAUUACUGUUCUCUCAUAAGAACUCUCCUGGAUAUGAUGGUAGAGAGAAAUUUGGGAAAAGACGGUCUGAUGAACAAGGACUCCUUAGAUAUGCUGGCUGAGAUUCAGCUAUUGAAUCGCGCCGUCAAAAGGAGAAACACAAAAAUGGCUGAAACGCUGAUUCAUUAUUCCGUUAAUCCCACUACUAAAAAGUUCAUCUUCGUGCCUAAUAUCGCUGGACCUGGCGAUAUCACACCUUUGCAUUUAGCUGCUUCUACAUCUGCUUCUGAAGAUAUGAUUGAUGUCCUCACUAAUGAUCCACAAGAGAUUGGAUUGUCGUGCUGGAAUACACUAAUCGAUGCAAGCGGACAGACUCCAUUUAGCUAUGCUGCAAUGAGGAACAACCACAGUUACAACACAUUGGUGGCUCGUAAACUUGCAGAUAAAAGAAACGGUCAGAUAUCUCUGAACAUCGAGUAUGGGAUCGAUCAGAUUGGUCUGAGUAAGAGACUAAGCUCAGAGCUCAAGAGAUCUUGCAACACAUGUGCAAGUGUGGCUCUAAAGUAUCAGAGGAAGGUUUCGGGUUCACAUCGUUUGUUUCCAACACCGAUCAUCCACUCAAUGCUUGCGGUUGCAACGGUCUGCGUUUGCGUUUGUGUGUUUAUGCACGCUUUCCCAAUCGUCAGACAAGGAUCUCACUUCAGUUGGGGAGGCCUUGAUUAUGGCUCAAUCUGAAGAGUACACAAGGUUUGUAUAAUCAAGUGUUGUUAAUUCUUUUGGUUUUGCAAAAUAAGAAAAAAGAUAUGGUGAAGGGAACUGAGAAUCCCAUAAGGCCUGUGGAAAUUGGACAUUGGAGAGAGCACAGAGAAGAAACUGAUUCGGAUCAGAGCAGACACUUCUUCAAACACUAUUUAUAAUAUUUUGGCCAAUGAUGUUUUAUUCUUGAAUCUGUUAAUUUCCUUCUUCUGCUUAGUUACACUUUUUAGUUUUUUUUCCUCUUUUAACAACACAGAAGCUGUAUCUAUUUACUGAAUUUGUUUUCAUUUCUGGGAUAUGGAAUCUGUAGAGCUCGCGUGUUAGUACUAGUUGAAGAUUGUUGUAAACUUGUAAUGUAAUAUCUUCUUUUAAAAAUUAUGUAAAAAUAAUAUCAGCCUCUCGCUUCAAA